UAUUGGAACUGUUGUUGGUAAUCUGAAGUUUGAACUCAGUACAUGCGUGUUUUUGUACCGUAGAUGUUACCCGCUCUAGUUCAUUGAAAAACGUUAUAUUUGUACUUAACUUUACCUUUCAGUACACCAUACUACAAUUUCAAACUUCUGCUUAGGAACGUGCACACAGUACUGUCUUUUCACCUCGGUUUGUCGUGUCUUUAAAAGUGGAAAGAAACUAAGUUACGAAUGGAUUCAAGUUCGAAUUACUCAACUGAAACCAUAAGUAAUUUAAAAAGCCAAGAAUUACUUGAAUUUCCUUGAAGUAUGCUGGAUUAAUAGUCCACUUCUAAAACUUACUGCUGGAAGGAGUAUAUGCGACCUCACUUGACCCAUUCAAAAGAAGACCGGACAUCUAUAAAAAAUUUCCUUAAAGUCGGACAAUGCUGACAUCUAAUCCUCUGUUCUACCCUGAGAUUCGUCCCCAACGGUGAUUUAAUCGAUGUUACAGAUAUUAUUUAUUGGCGUGAACCAAUCAAGUCGGGUAUUGUUGCCGCUGUUGUGUUAACGUUUUUGCUGAGCUUGUCCUGCAUGUCAUUAAUUUCCGUUAUUGCUUACGCUGGGCUUGCUUUAUUUUGCUGCACAGCAGCUUGCAAACUGUAUAACGUCGUUCUGGGUUCAAAUAAACAGCAAACAUCCAACGACUCCAACCAUUCAUUUCAUUCCUGGUUUGAAUAUGAUAUUCGGUUAUCUGAAGAUAAGAUUGCUCAGCGUGUUGCAGAUGCAUCUGAACAGUUAUCUGAAAAAUUAAAUCAUUUACGUCGCAUAUUAUUGAUGCAAGACUACUUUGAAACUGCCAAGCUUGCGAUUGGCUUGUACCUACUAUCAAUUGUAGGCGGAUGGUUUAACUUACUUACGUUAAUUACUAUAUUGUUUGUUUUGGGAUUGACGUGCCCCAGAAUCUAUUCAUUGUACCAAUUUCAGUGUAAUGCAGCAUUCAAUAUGGCCAAAACAAAAAUGAUAGAUUUGCGUAAAAUGGUUGAAACUAAAAUCGAAAAACUUCGUGGUUCACCAAAAAAGUGAGAUUUCUGCAUCCUGUCGACAGUGACUUAUUAGUUUUUGUAACACCCAUCUAAAUGACAUAGUUGUCUUCAGUAAUUGUAAUGUGUGCAUAUUCUUCAUAUGAUAAUUUUUCCUCUUUAAAUCUCGUUAAGUAUUGUUUUACUUUACACUGAAUCAUGUAGCAAUACUGCUGUUGUGUUUUUGUCAUCUGUCCCGUAAUUAAUAAAAGAAUUUUCUCCAUAAAUGAAAAAGCGUAUUUUAUACCUCUUACCUCCAUUCGUCUUUAUUUUGUGUCUCAGUGUUGCUUGUGUCUGUUUUGUUUGACAAUUAUUAGUGAAUCAAAG